AUGCCCAAGUUGACGAGUCUUUUCAAGAAGAGCAAGAAGGCAUCAUCUGGCACCACCCCUGAGGAACAUGGGCCAGUAGGCAAGGACGGCAGCAGCAAGCACCAGAGCAGCCAUGAUACAAGUGGUGACCCCAUCUAUGCUCAAUUGGAACGAUUGCAUCAGCUGUCACCCUGGCUUCGCAAACGGCCCUUGAAAGUGGUGGCCCCGUUGGAACGAGACGAAGUCCACACAUCGAGCAGUGGCAAGGGUCUUCCUCUGGGCACUUUUUGCCAUUGCUACACUAUUGCGCGGAUUUGUUUGAAAGAACGACAUCAUGGUCAAUACGAAGAUUCCUUUAGUACUGACAAUCACAACGUCAUUGCGGCCAUGUUGGAAGAUUCGCAACAAGACCUCAGUGGUGACAACAACAACAGCUCUGACUUGAUGGCACAACAACAAGCGGCACGACAACAAUUGGCCGACUCGACGAUACGCAGUGCGCAACAACAACCACAACAUCCCUACCAGUAUUGUCUGAAACACAUUCCCAAAAAAUUGUACAAGAAACUCAAGAGCGAUCACAACAAGAGUCGGUUCAACCAAGCCGUCACCAAUUUGCUCGUCGAAGCCAAUUACUUGUCCAAAUUAAAUCACCCCAACAUUGUGCAAUUGCACGGACAAGCCGACGAUGCCGCACUCGCGGACGACACCAAACACAAACUGCACGAUGCCUUUUUUCUCAUUACCGAACGCAUUCAAGAAACACUCGAAGAACGACUCGAACUAUGGCGCAAGGAUUCUGCCAUGCAUCAAGUCGAUGCCGAUUGUCCUCUGUUUAUCCAAAAAUUGGCAUUUUGUAGAGACAUUGCCAGUGCACUCGAGUAUUUGCAAGAACGACAAAUCAUGGUGCUAGGAUUGAAUCCGACCUGUAUUGGAUUCUUGGCGUCGUCGGGACGAUUGCAAUUGUGCGAUUUGGGAACUUGUCGAGAAGUUUCCGCGUUGCAACACGAAACCAGUCAAUCCAACAUGACGACAGCCACAUCCACAGGCAUGACGAGUAGUGAACAAGAACAUCAUCAACAACAUGACGACGACAAUGAUCUACGAUUUGACGAUGAUGAAAUUGGAGAUGGAGAACGAUUUACCACCAGCACGGAAGGAUUGACCACUUGCAAUAAUAAUUUCAUCUUGCCCAUUAUGGAAACCGGAAGUGUCCCUCGGUACAUGGCACCAGAAAUUGUCACACAAGGGGCGGCCGGAGCCUCCUUGGUGGCCGAUUCCUACAGUCUCGCCAUUAUUGCCGUCGAGGUAUUGACAUUGCAACGGGCGUAUAUUUCCUACAAGACGGGACAGUUUCUCGUCAAGGUCUGUAUGGAAGGAAAACGACCCAACAUGAGCAUGUACACCCAUAUGCCAGCACCGGUGGAAGGAAUCCUACGACGGGCGUGGAGACAGUCCGUCGAAAAACGAUGGACAUGUGCGCAAAUUCACGAAGGAUUUCAAGUCAUGAUGGACCGAUUGGAAGGACGGGACGAGGUUGAUAACGAACAAGGCCAAAUAGAACAAGACAGUGGAGAACAGUCACCCAAGAGCCGAAAAUCUGCAUUGAACUUGCCAGGAGAAAAGACUCGAGUAUCCAAGAGCAUCAGUGUUUCCGAAGGAUCCAUUUUAGAUCAAUCUAGCGUCACGGGAACCGUCGAUGAAUCGAGCAACAUGCCAAGUGACCAUUUACGAUUACUAGAACCACAGCCGAGGCGAUCGCGAGGAUCGAGAUCCUACCGAGAAAAGACACGCGCUUCCAAGACUACCAGAACCAGCAUUUCCGAAGGAUCGAUUGCCGAGGAACAAGAACAACAAUCAGUUGAUGGAUCCAUGAGAAGCACCAGCACGAGCGACUAUGGACGACUGGAUCCGCAACACAAACCACACCGAAGACCUCCCAUGUCGGGCGAGGAACUUGGAAUCAGCAGCAAAGAAGAGCAACUCUCGCCGGGGCGUGCCAGCAAGCUAACCGUGGACGCUAUUAGCAAAGAAAAGCAACUACUAUCACCGAGGCGUGCCAGUAAGCAACCUGUGGACGCAACCAGCAGCAAAGAAAAGCAAUCAUCACCCAGGCGUCCCAGUAAGCAAACACAACAACGACGGCCUACUAGACGAGGAUUGGCAACGUCCAACAAGGCCUUGUCCAUGCGGGACAUUUCCUCCACGUCCAAAACGUCAUCCAAGAAAAAGGACUUGUGGAUGAGUCAGAGCUUUGGCGACGUUCAUUUGGCAGAGAAGGCUCUCCAAAAACAGUCGUUUGGUAAGCGUAGUGCAGAUGACGGUGUGCUCGUGUUUGAACCAGAACAAAAACAAUCCGCACCAAAGACGUCUUCUCGCAAGAGCAGCAAAGUUCUACGCAACAUCGAUGGCGGUGCUCCAAUCGCGUUUGAAACCGAUAUGGCAAGCAUGCGCCCGGACGAGGCCAAAAGUGACGGUGCCGUCGAGGCAGCCAAGGUGUCUACGCAAGGAGAAGCAGAAGGUAGUACAGUUGUAGAAGAGCAUGAUGGCAGCCGUCGACAAGAGAGUGAUGGCAGUGAGCAGCAGCGCGACCGAAUUGAGCAAUCAGAGAGCCAGCAGGAACAAACGGAAGCAUCAAAGGACGGAGAAGACGGGUUGCAAGGCGAAAAGGGCGUCAAUCGUGAGACGAUCGCUAGUGAAAGCAACCAUGCUCUCUCUGCAUCGUCCAAGCGAAGCGAAAAGAGCAGCAAUCGCGAGAAUAUCACUAGUAGCAGCCACCAUACUCUCUCGGCAUCCUCUGCGCACUCGACAAACAAUGCGACAUCGGCAGCCGACGCCAUUGUCAUGGAAGAUGGGACGACUAUAGCCGUCAAGAAACCAAGCAAACGGAGCAGCAAAAGUAAGAGCAGCGGCAAGAAGAAGGAAAAGCGAGACAUCGGCAGCAAAAGGGAAGGCUCGACAAAACCGCCAUCACUGAGACGCAUGCACUCCGCCGUCGGCAAGAAAGAGAACGAAGAUGCUGUACCAGGACCGACACCAUUGAGAAGAGCUAAAUCUGGUUCAUCCUUAUGGGACGCAUCGAAGAGCCGAAAGCCUCGCCGGAAAAUGUCUGAUGCGGAGGAUUAUUCUAUUCAGCCUGACAAGUCAGGUGCUCCCGAGCCGAUAGCAUUGAGGAGAGCUCAAUCCGGUUCCUCCGUGACAGGGGAGUCAAAGAUUCGAAAGCACCGCCGCAAGGUUUCUGAUUUGGAUGGUGAUUCUACGCAGCAAUCCGAAAGCAAGUCAGGAGCACCCGAGGAGCCAGCAUUGAGAAGAGCCCAAUCCGGUUCUUCGGCAGAUGAGCCAAAAACACGAAAAUCAAAUGCGUCCGAGGAGGGUAAGAAGAGACGACCUCUGGCCCGGAAAAAAUCCGCAGACAAGUCCACCCACAACGUUUCUUCUGGCGCAGAUGAUUCCAAUCCGUCAGCCACGAAAAAGUUACCUAGGAGAAAGAACAGUCACAACAAUAGUGCGAAGAAGAAAGUAACAAGGACGAAGUCUGGCUCGGAGCGGCUAAUGUCUGCGAAUGCGCAGUCACCACCAGAAGGCGAAGCCGAGAAUAAGGCAAACCGCAGGCGCACUAGUGUUAACAGCGAGGAAUUCAUGGCGGAAUGA